AAGUCUCCUUGAACUACUGAACCCCCCUGACUUGGCUCACAUUCUUUUCUGGUUGUCUUUCGUUCGUGUGGCCCUCUAAGGAUGAAUAUGUUGAACUCGUGUUUGCUCCGUCUCUUCCAUCUCAUUUACGCCGCACUUCUCGCAUAUUCGACGCGUCAAAAAGCUCAAGGCCUCGCGCGCCCGCUAACUGCCAAACGCAAGAAGCUACCUUCUCAUCUUUGCCUCGUCUUGGUUCCUCAAGAGGGACACUCGCGUGACUUGAACGAACUCGCAUUCUUGGAUUGUCUCAAGCGCGUCGCAGCAUGGUGUAGGGUCACCGGAAUUCCGUCGCUCACUGCAUAUGAUUCUCAAGGAAUUCUCCUCAGCUGCUCUGACUCCAUUCAGGAGCAACUAAGCACCGUUCCACAAGAUGGCACAGAGGACGAAAGCACAGAACCUGAAAUUGAGUAUCCAUUGACACCACCCAUAUCCGAGCCACCUGCCUCCAGAAGCCAUUCGCCCACUUCAGAGUUCGCUUCCACAAUCCCUACAAUCAAUGUAGUCUCAAUACAGUGUACAUCAUUGAAGAAUCCGCGGCAGCCAUGUAGAAGGAGGAAUGUCGCUGUCAAAACGUCCUCACUCAAGACAGAUACCAGCUUGCACGACCUCACAAUCUAUUUGGCUUCUCGGGACUCGGGCAAACCGGCCGUAGCUUCUGUUGCCGAAUGUCUCGUUCGUGACGGACUUGCAAGUCCACGAAGUCAAUUAGCGUAUGCUGCUGGUCAAUAUUUAACCACGUAUCUUCGUGAUGCUCUCGAGGGUCCUCUACCGUGUCCAGACCUCAUGGUCAUCUAUCAGUUGGGCUCGCCACCUUACGCACAGCGAUCCAUUGAGCUCCACGGCUAUCCUCCGUGGCAAUUGAAUUUGACGGAAAUGCACUGUACACUUCCAAAAGCUCUUUGCUCUUUGCCUGUUUCAUCAUCAGAUCCAGUAUUUGCUACGGCAGGUACACCCAUGAUUAUCAGUGAAACCGACUUUUGCCGGGCUCUUGACGAGUUUGCCGGUGCAGAAAUGCGCCUGGGCAAGUAGGCAAUCUCCUCGGUUCUCGGAAUGCUGUUCCAAUUAUAACCAGCUGACACUAUUGUCAUGGCGUUGGAGACUUUUGCGAUGGACCCGGGCAACACAUUGGGACGGUAAACUGAUCUCGCCGAUAUCUCUUUGACCCGCUGAGACUAGAAGCGGCAAACUCGUCUCCGGUCAUAAUCUUCGCUCAUCCUCAGAACCCGCGGCACCGACAGCAUCACAAUAGUUCAUAGCCAUCUCUACAUGAUAUCGGACAUUUGGACAGCCCGUAUAGCUCCUUUUCAUACUGAAUCCGGAAGUAAAUUGUUGAUCAGAUAAUAGCCCGCCUCGG